GCUUACUCUCUCUUCGGUGUUCUUCCUUUCUCCCAUCUCUGAAAUUACCGGGAAAAAAAGUAUUUAGAAAGAUUAAAGAUUCGAUUUUUCUUUCCUCUCUUUUUGAUUUUCCACUGGGGCGGGGUUUAGAGAUUUUGACUUUACUUUGUGGUCAGCGGAUCCGACGAACCGGAAUGCCUCGCGCGUCGAAACGGAAAGCGGCCCCGGCAAGCUCCUCCUCCGUCACAGCUCCGCCACCUGAUCAGUCCCGGAGUCGCACCGCCAAAGCAACAAGUAAAACCAGGUUGAAGGAGAGUGACCAGAUCGACAACCUAUUCGAUACAUAUGCAAACAGUUCGUUGGGGCAGAUUGACCCCGAAGGAAUUGAGACGUUGUGUUCAGACAUGAAAGUGGAAUACACUGAUGUGAGAAUCCUGAUGCUUGCUUGGAAAAUGAAAGCUCAGCGGCAAGGAUAUUUUACGAAGGAUGAGUGGCAAGCAGGCAUGAAAGCUCUCAAGGCUAAUACUCUAUUGAAACUAGUGAAGGCACUCUCAGAACUGAAGAAAGAGGCGGAGGCACCACAAAAUUUUGAGGACUUCUACUCAUUUGCAUUCAAGUACUGCUUAACAGAAGAGAAGCAAAAAGGUGUAGAUAUAGAAAGCACCUGUGAAUUGCUGAAAAUUGUCCUCGGAUAUCAAUUCCGUUCCCAGGUUGAUUCAUUAGUUGAGUACCUAAAGGUCCAAAAAGAUUACAAAGUGAUAAAUAAGGAUCAGUGGAUGGGUUUCCUUCGGUUUUGCAAGGAGAUUAGCUUUCCAGAUAUGGCGAACUACGACGAGAACCAAGCCUGGCCAUUGAUCCUCGACAAUUUUGUAGACUGGAAGAAGCAGAAAAGUGGCGGCAGAUAGCUUCUACUUCGACAGUGUCCAAGGUUUUGGUAACAGUGAGCUAACCAUCCAUUUUAGUCUAGAUCACCCCCAUCGAUCUAUUCACAGAUCUUUGCCAGAAUGCCUCACGUCUGACAAAUGGAGCAUUGUUAACUAACAUAGAUAAAUAGGACGAGCUAUUUUUGUGUCGGAUUCUGGGGAAAAAAUGCGUUCUUUUUAUGUGGUCUACUAUUGUUCCUCAAUUCUUUUCUGCAAUCGUGUACAACCAGCUCUGAGAAUUAUUUUAGUUGAGAAUGUGGAAGAAUGUUCUGUCACGUUUAUUCCGGGUGGAAUCAAACCAAAAAAACCAUUGCAGUUUCUUUUGCAGCUUGGAUGGCUCUCAUGAAAUGCUUGUUCGGGGUCGUUAGUUAGUUAGUUUUUUUUUUUUUACAAAAGAUAAUCAUAUAGAUUGAGAACAAUAGAUCGUUACAUCCUGGAAUUCAGCCAGGCUUGGAAAUCAAAAGAUCGACAUGUAGUCGGGAACAAAGACAGGGCCUGUCUAGAUACCAAAUGAGCUACCCUAUUGUUACGUCGACCUACAAAUCGUACAGUGAAACAUAUGUUAAAAGCUAAACAGUUCACUAUCUCUUCCAGAAUUGCCCCUAUCCGAUUAUCACGAACAUCCUUCCUUCGAAUCUUCUCAAUUAUCACCUGGGCAUCACCUUCAAACCUCAUGACAGUGAAUCCAUUAGCCAAACACCAACUAAUCGCCUCCCGGAGGACCAACGCUUCAACCACCAUUGGGUCACCAAGGAACGGGGUCGUUUGCUUGUUGGAUUUGAAAAAUGAGGGUUUUGGCUCAAAAAAACCUUUGGAUUUAUGAGGGAUUUGUACCAUCAUGGAUUUGAAGAGUCUAUUGUUUGCAUGAUAGAUUUGAUGAUAUAAUUAUGAUGGAUUUGCUAUAAAUAUAACUAGCUAUCAAGGAUUUACAAAUCCCACCCCAAUAUGUAGGGGUGUUCAAAUGGUUAUCAUGGUUAUAACCAAACCAAAUAAGACUAAAUUCCAUUAACCAUGGAAUACAAUAUCAUAACUAAACCGUCCAAACUAAUACAACAACCAAAUUAACCAAAAGUUUAAUCGGUUUGGUUAAUUGGUUAACCAGAUUAACCAAUAUAAAAUCACAUUAUCAUU